AUGAUGGCUGCCAGUAAUACACAGCAAGAGAACGGAAUUUAUGCGCAGAACGGCCAAGCCCAAAAGUCGCCGUCGCCUCAACCUCAGCAUCGUCGCGGUUAUCAGGCCUGCGACCCUUGCCGCAAACGCAAGGUCAAAUGCGACCUUGGCAGUGUCGAUAACCCGCGUCCUCCUCCAUGUGUACGAUGCCGUCGCGAAAGCAAACGAUGCGAGUUCUCCGCGACCAGGCGCAAGCGGAAACCCUCCGAGAUCGAAGACAACGUCGAUGGGGUUCUCCUCCGUGACAAGCGGAUGAUGGUCGCAGACGCGGUUCCCAACGGUUCUUCGCCGGAUGGUUCUUACAACGCACGACCGGAGCCGACAUCGCUGGAUGGUGACAGCCUGCAUUCGCGACAAAAGUGGUCCGAGGGACCUCCUGCAGCCCCUAAUCAAAUACCACACGCCGAUGCCGGUCAACGAUACGGCACUAAUCAACCUGCAUCCUCCACUUCGCAAUUCCAGGAUGCAAGACCGGCGCGCCCUUCCAUGUGGCCGCUCGGGGAGCGCCCUGGGAUGAGUUUCAGUCUUGAGGGAAGCCAGCCCAUGAUGAAUCGCACCGCAGUUGAGCUGUUGUCGCCUGCGAUCAGUAAUAGUCACGAUGCUCUGCACUUACUGUCCGAAGCGGCAGGGCGGACGGAGGACCUCAAUCGGCAGAGCCUCGAGAAUCGAUACGCCGCGCGGCGGUCGGUUUCGUCCUUCAAUUCUCCGAUGUCUCCUAUGACACAGGCCGGGACUCCUAGGAGCGGAGGCAGUUCGUUUCCGCGAGCGCCUCGGUCUGGCACCGUGCCCCUGGGUAACUUCUAUAGUACGGGAGGAUCGGGUUCCGUGGAUCACACAAAUUCGGAAGCUCGCGAUCACAAUGAACCCAUAGAUAACUUGCAGGAUCCAGGGUUCGUCGAUGCGGUCAGAGCCUGGUCACGUCUGCGAUUUGUUCGUGCAGGUUGGCUUACCGUCGAGGAAUCCAUGGCAUACGUGGCAUACUAUUAUGAACAUCUUGCUCCGUUGAGCCCUAUCGUCAUUCCGGACUUUUCACAGCCUUCAACUCAUCGCACUCUUCUCACUGAUGAGCCUGUACUGGCUGUCACUAUUCUUACGACCGCAUCACGACAUAUGAAACCCAAGGGUGAUGGAGCAUAUACCCGGUCAUUCUACAUUCAUGAUCGACUCUGGUCUUAUCUCCGGGGGAUGAUUGAGCGUCUUUUCUGGGGCCAAGAGAAGUUUGGCGGAAAUGGCAUUGGAAUCAGCAAGCCUCGGUCAUUUGACCUGGCCCCGAGCGCAGCCAAAGUGAGUCUCAAAGGGAACUUGAGAUCCCUGGGCAGUAUCGAGGCGCUCUUGAUCCUCACGGACUGGCACCCCAGAAACUUACACUUCCCCCCUGGUGAUGAUGAAAAUACACUCUUGGACUUGGACGCGCACACUCAAGCUCGCCUUGAAAAGGAUGUCGAGCAUGAUGGUGAGCCAACGCACCAUCGGUCUUCUCAGACCUCAGGCGAGGGGAGGCUCGCCUUCCAGAAGUGGUUGGAGCCUGCUUGGCGGUCUGAUCGAAUGUCCUGGAUGCUGUUGAGCACCGCACAAGCCUUGGCUUUUGAGCUGGGAGUCUUUGAUCAGAAGAGCGAAGCAAAGACUGCGAACGACUCUCCUGCCGAACAGACACGAAAACGUCGACUCCGGCGUCUAAUUCUCGUUUACAUCACGCAAAGCAGUGGCCGUCUGGGAAUUCCUUCUAUGCUUCCAUUGCCACAGUGGACUAAUGACAUCCAACCAACUCCUGCGUCAACUUCAAAAGGUGGUGAUACCAAUAUUGAUCGGAUGCAUGACUGCUGGAUUGGGAUCACCAAGAUUAUGUAUCAGAGCAAUCAGCUGUUGUUCGCUUCUAAUGAACAGACAUCGGAACUGAUUAGGAGUGGGCGAUAUCGUGACCAGAUUGACCGAUUUCAGCCUUUUCUAAGAGAAUGGCGGAAUAACAUCGACACGAUUGACCGCGUUUAUGUUAAUUCGUUAGCUCUGCAAGCAGUCGUGGACAGGUGGACCACGAUGUCCAACGAGGCUGCCCAGGCUCAGAGCGGGAGACCAGGCUCUGGCCCCUCGUCGAACAAUUGGUUUCAUAUGCUCAUGGAGCUGUAUCGUGUCAAUGAGCAAUACAUUCAGGAAGUUGUCGACGCGUCGCGUCGGAUUUUGCAAACUGUACUGGAUGAUCUGGUUCCAGGCGAUCACCUCAAGCAUGCUCCCGUGCGGACAUGCUUCCGGAUUCUGUCUGGCAUGAUCUUCAUCCUCAAGACAUUCACCCUCGGAGCGAAAGAGGAUGAUGUACGUGUAUCUCUGGACCUUCAGGAUCGAACGGUGGAAGCGCUGAGGACAUGUGUCGUCGACGAUGUCCACCUGAGCCACGCCAUUGCUCGGCUAGUGGAAAUGCUUACGACCAGCAUUCGCACAAGAUUUUUGCGAUUUGCACCGCUGGACCGAGGCGUUGAAGGUGACAGUCAAGAUCGCACCUCUACACCAGUCUCCAGGCACCAGUCACCGCGUCCGCGCGAUGGCGCCCAAGGCCGCCGGGAUGGAUCGAACCAUGCAUGGACACCGAGCCACACUGCAGCACAGAAUAUGGGCUACGUUGAUGGCAAUAAUCCGGCGAGUACCACAAUGGGAUCAGUGCAUGAUCCGCUGGCAGCCAUCCCGGCGCAGCCGAUCAAUUCUUCAAAUAUUAAUGUCUCAUUCAUGCCUCCACCGCCGUCGGUGUACCACAAUUACUAUGAACCGCACACAUCGCCACCCACCGGAGGGAUGGAAGGAUCGAACGUUCCUUCGCAAUCAAUGAAUGAUAAUGCCGGCACCUCCGGCGGACUUCCGGACUGGUUCGCGCUUCCACUUGAUCAUUUUUUCAACAGCUCGACGGCCGUUGUUGAUCACGGCCUCGGAGGAACAGGCCCAAUGGUAGGCGAGUUUGACAUGCUUGAAGUCCUCCUCAACGAGCAGUAUGACGGCACGGGCGACGGCCUCGAUUCGGCAGGGCGCGAGGGCCUUCAGUCCCAGUUCUUGCAGUCUUAG